GAUAACCUGACUGCCUUAUGACUAUAGAUUUACAUUUAAUAGACUGAAGCAGGAGUACCUUUACAGCUCCCCAUGCAUCACUAUGAACAGGCAUAUUUCACCAACAUGUCUAAGUGAUUCCUUCAGAACUCUAAAGCUGUUAAAUACAGAGGACAAAACUUGCCAAAGCUUUGUUAUUUUUCCAGUGUUUAGCAUAAUUGCAAAGGGAUAAUUAUUUCAUGAUAUGUAUUCACUCAUAAAUAUUAUGAAUAGAAGUCGGCUGUAUAACAGACACACCUCCCAGUCCUGUUAAGCUCAGCUAAACACUCUUCACAAUGCAAAUCCCUGUGCACAGCAAGUCAGCAUGUUUGCACACACGUUGCUUUGCACGCUGGAGACUGUAGUCCUGCUCAGUCAGGAGCCACAAGCCCUGGUGAUUACACAAAGUGGAGAAGAACCACAUAGCCCAGCAUGACUUAACGCACCUGCUUAUUUAUCCAGCUUGACUGGGUGAACUGAAACGGUGACCAAUGGGCUGGUAAUCUUUUUGAUUCUCACCCCUAAAUGCUGUCUUAUCAGCCCUUAUUUUAUAGUUUAGUUUAGUGGACUAGUUGUGAAUUCACUGUUACAUCUGCUGCUUGUGGAACAAGAAUCAUCUGCCUGGGAUUCUUUUUCUAAAUUAUAAGGACACAGUUUGGUGUAACUUUAUCAAGGACUGCUCCUGGACAUGCGGGUCUGUGUGCCCUCUGCGGCGGUCCUGGGCCUGUUUUGCCGAGGCUGUCUCAGCAGGUCGCGGAGCUGGCCUGGCCGCAGCUUCAGUUCUUUGCCCAGGCAGAUGAGCAGGUGGAACAGCCAGGACACCUGCAGCCCCCCAUCUCCUCAGGAAAACGUGCGCGUGCUCAUCACAGGUGGGCUUGGGCAGUUAGGUGUGGGACUUGCACAGAUGCUGAGAAAACAGUAUGGAAGGGACAAUGUAAUCCUGUCAGACAUCAAGAAGCCUCCACCUCACGUUUACGCCAAUGGCCCGUUUGUAUACGCUGAUGUUUUGGACUACAAACACCUCCGAGAACUUAUUGUAAACAAUCGCGUCACUUGGCUGGUCCACUACAGCGCUCUGCUUAGUGCUGUGGGUGAGGCUAAUGUGGCUUUGGCACGAAAGAUCAACAUCACAGGCCUACAUAAUGUGCUGGACUUGGCCUUAGAGAACUGUUUGCGCCUCUUUGUCCCCAGCACUAUUGGGGCAUUUGGUCCCUCUUCUCCACGUGACCCGGCCCCUGACCUCUGUGUUCAAAGACCUCGAACCAUCUACGGCGUGUCUAAAGUGCAUGGUGAACUGAUGGGGGAGUAUCUCCAUCAUAAAUACGGCUUGGACUUCCGCUGCCUGCGUUACCCUGGAGUGAUAUCAGUUAACACACCUCCUGGUGGUGGAACUACAGACUACGCAGUUCAGAUCUUCCAUGAUGCUCUCAGCACAGGUCACCAUGAGUGCUACCUGCGACCUGACACCCGUCUUCCCAUGAUGCAUAUCUCUGACUGCCACCGUGCCACGGUAGAGUUCAUGCAGGCUCCAGAGUGCCAGCUGUCACUGCGCACCUACAACAUAGCUGCCAUGAGCUUCACCCCUGAAGAGGUGGCCCAAGAAAUCCGCAAGCAUCUCCCUCACCUCAAGGUCACCUACAAUCCUGACACUGUCCGCCAGACCAUUGCAGACAGCUGGCCUGUGAGAUUUGAUGACACCAAUGCCAGGAGAGACUGGGGCUGGGCGCCAGCCUUCGGGCUUGAGGAGCUGGUGUCGGACAUGCUCCGCUCCAUCCGAGACAAGAGGACCAGCGAGGGAUUGCCAGUCAGCUAGCAAAACCUGCUGCACCAAGACUAACCAAUGCCCUACCUACCACUGACUUUUCUUCAGUCUACAUUUACCAACAGCACACUUUGUUUUACUUCACUUUUACAAAUUGUCAACCAGUAUCAUCUGUUUGUCUGGAGCAUCGCUGCACCGUGCCAGGGACUGAUUGUAAAAUGGAAAUUCUCAGUCAUAACCUCUUUAUAUUCAGUGGAAAGUGAGAUGUCAAACACAUGUGCACACACACACACACACAUGCACACACACAGACACACAGACACACACACAAACACACACACACACACACACACACACACAUG